AUGCAUAUGAACAAGAGGAUCGGCCGUCUCAAGCAGUGGGCCGGAGAGCGGAUGGGAGGAGAGGUCAAAACCAACCAAACCGAUGACUUCAAGGCCAUGGAGACGGAGAUGGGAGUGCGACACGAGGGUGUCGAGCGCAUUCACAAGUCCAUGACCGCCUAUAUCAAGGCUAUUUCGAAGCGCAGCGAGGGUGACGACAAGGAGAAGACUCUGCCCGUAGCGCAUUUAGGAAGCAGCAUGGUUAGCCACGGAGAGGACUUUGACGGAAACUCUGAAUAUGGACAGUGUCUUACCAUGUACGGAAGGACCGAAGAGCGCGUUGCGCGCAUCCAGGAGCGCUACAUCGCUCAGGCGACUUCGAGCUGGCUUGAGUCCCUGGAGCGAUCCUUGACCCAGAUGAAAGAUUAUCAGACUGCUCGCAAGAAGCUUGACAGCCGGCGCUUGGCAUACGACACCUCUCUCGCCAAGAUGGAAAAGGCCAAGAGAGAAGACUUCCGUGUUGAAGAAGAGCUGCGCAGUCAGAAGGCCAAAUACGAAGAAGCCAACGACGAUGUGCUCCGCCGGAUGCAGGACAUCAAGGAAGCGGAAGUCGACAACGUAAUGGACAUGGGUUCCUUUUUGGAAGCUCAGCUGGAGUAUCAUGAGCGCUGCCGUGAAGCCCUUUUGCAACUCAAGAACGAAUGGCCUGGCAGGUCCGGCCCAAACCCAUCUCCUAGCCGUCGCCCGAUCCGCGCCCGAUCCAACACGGCUAAUUCUUACUCGGAGCGAUAUGAUCCUCUCCAGGAGGAGCUUGCCAGUGUCACCGAGGGCCGUCCUCCAAUCCGUUCCACCAGAACUAUCAUGACCGAGUCCCCAGCACGAGAACUCUACCCACCCAACAGUACAUCCACGCGAGGUACUCUGAACCGCACGCCUACUUUUGAGGGACCGGCACAGCUGCGCCAGGAGCAGUCGCCGGCCGCGUCUCAAUGGAUCCAGCGAACAGCGAGUGAUAACCUGGUCACUCGCGGAAGCAGCACCCAAUUCCCGAAUGGUCGACUGCCCAUUGAUCCAUACGCAGACUCGGAGGAGAUCAGCUCCUAUGGUCGUUCCAGCCCCGAGCAGAGCUACGGCAAUCGGUCCAACUCUCCUGCUACAUCGCAUGGGAGUGUAGCAUCUCGGAGACCCAGCGCAACCACCCUAAGCACCGCCGGAUUGGCCAAGAAAGCUCCCCCACCACCUCCUCCAUGCCGCUCCAAAAAGCCUCCCCCUCCACCACCGCCGAUGAAGCGCAGUCUGAUGACAGCGAGUGAUGCAUAG